AUGUGGGAUGCAUGCAGCGAGUUGUGCCUUGCAUGUAGGAAGUGCACCAGGGACCUGCCGCCCGACGCGUGCAAGGGCUGCCUGGACGCCCUGGCGGCCAACGUCUCGGCCACGUUCCCGGCGACGGCGCGCGGCGAGCGCAAGAGCUACAGCUGCCGCGUCCGGUACGACGUCAACACCAGUUUCAUGGUGGUGCCCUUCAAUCUGAGCACUGGCAGUGCGGGUACACCGACGUCGUCGCUGGCAGGUCCUGGAUCCGUGAAUUCUGCCAAGAACAACGGGCCGGUGAUGAUUGGAUCCAUUGUUGCUGCAGUCGUUUUUGUGGUCCUCGUUUCAGUUGUUGUUUGGCUUUGCGUCAGGCAUAGAGCCAUCAAGAAGGUUGCACUGGCUGGUCCAAGAUCAUACUCCUACGAGGAAUUGUACACUGCAACAAAUGGUUUUUCAGAUGAACGAAAGUUGGGCCAGGGUGCGUUUGGUGCUGUGUACCGGGGAGUCCUGUCAGAUCCAUCUCAGACUCUUGUGGCCGUCAAGAAAAUUCAGAGGAUGUCUGAAGCAGCGUGGCAGGAAUUCGUGGCAGUGAUAACCAUUGUUACCCAGCUUAAGCAUCGGAAUAUCGUGGACCUGAUGGGCUGGUACAAUAUAAUACUCGACAUGGCGAAUGGUCUCCAGUACCUGCACACCGCGCGUAACGAAUGUGUCCUGCAUCGCGACAUCAAGCCAAGCAACGUGAUGCUCGACGAGAACCUCAGCUGCGCGAAGCUGUGCGACUUUGGGCUGGUGAAACAAAUCAACCAUGACGAAGUGACCCCGGGCCGGCAGACAACCGUGAUUGGUACACGGAGCUAUCUCGACCCGGAAUGCAUCAGGACGUCGAUACUGCAGCAUGGCCACAACAACAAGAACAGCCUCGUCGAGUGGGUACAGGACUCGUUCCGCCACAGGAAAUCAGUCGCCGAUAUGGCAGACGAGAGGCUGAAGGGUGAUUUCGAUGAGGAGCAGAUUGAGCGGGUGAUCCGGGUUGGGUUCCUGUGUGUGCUUCCGGAGCCUGACAAGCGGCCGGACAUGGCGACGGUGGUGGGGACUACCUGA